UAGGAGGGAGUGGGUUACGUCGGACUGUGACUGUUACUCGGGGAAUGUCUCUUGUGUAAAAAAGGUCAGCAGGCAAGUUCUUCCGUCACUACGGAGUGAAUUGCGUGCGGAACGGUGAGUCAGCGGUCUGGACUUGAACCGGGUACCUUGAUGGGAGAGGUGUGAUUGGCGUGGGCGGGGAGAGUCGAUUGCGUGGGAAAAGGUCGAUCAAAGAAACGAGAGUCUGGGUCUCUCGAGAGUGGGGGAGAGAGAGAGGAACUGGGUGGUGCAAUAGGAAAUCAUCUCCCACCAGAUCAGUCUAGAACUUUUCUGGAUCGUCCACACCUUUUCGGACUCGGAGCACGUUCGAUAUUUAAUACAACUCUCUUUUCCCCAUCGAUCACGUCUUAUUUCUUCUCUCGUCACGCUGACCUCCUUGGAUAUAAACCGGUCUCAGCCCUCUCUAUUUGUAUCAUUCCUUUUGAGGGAGAUUCCAUCUUCAUCGCCACAAAAACUUAACUUCCGGCCCCCCGGUCUUCCCCUUUCCACCGAUCGAUUUAGGGAAUAGUCUUUCCCCGGACGACUCGAUUACGGGAAACCAUUACCCCUCUAGAGGGCGGAGUAGAUAAACGAUUCUAGCGAGAGCAAGUGAUUAUAUGAUUACUCUCCUCCGACCGAUUUGCAUGCGGCCUCGAUCAAAAACCGCCUUCCUCUUCUUCUUCAACGGGUCAUUCUGAAUUUUGGGAUCAAACCUGCACCAUCCCGUUCCACCAUCACCUUACGAUCCCCCCCCCCAGCAAAUACCUCAUACUCCAACAAAUCCCUCACCCUCAAACUCUCCUCCAUUCCUGGAAUCCCGCAAUCUCGUGCUCCACCUUGCGCAAGGUACUCCCGUCCUGAUAAGAUAGCAAGUGAGGCAUUUGAAAAAAACACACCUUCGGCUUCACCGCCACAUCGUCAAAUAUGACUCAAGCGACAACCUCCCAUCGUCGCUCUCCUUCCACUCCUCAUGCUUCCAAAUCCAAGCCCGCCGUCCGUCCCGCUCUUCACCGUCGUGGCACCUCCGCCGUCAGCCUGUCGAUCUCUAAGCUGGGCUCCGGUCAAUCUACUCGAUCGCAUUCGAGGGGAGUCAAGGCCGCCGACGACUUUGAUAUGGCCGCCAGUUUUUUGAACUUUUGCGCCAUGUGUGAGCGUCAAAUUACUGUCCCCAACAACUCGAUCCUCUACUGCAGUGAAAGCUGUCGCCGCAAAGACUCCGCAAAACCACUCUCGGCCUCUCUCCCAUCCACCUCAACCCUGUCCGCCAGAAUGACCACCAACACCUACUCCUCAACCUACACCACAACCGCCUCCCCACCAACCUCUCCUUCUCUGUCCCCGCGCACCAUCGUCGCGCCCAUGACUCCCACCCGGAUCUCUUCGUCCACUCCCAACCCAAUCCCAGCCAUCGUCAGGAUACCUCACACCGUCCACGCCGCCAAGUCAGAUCUUGACCCCACCGAAUGGAAGCCCGUAUUAGGUCCCCGCACCGAUAGCACCGGCACCACCGGCAGCAGCACCAGCUCGCUCGCCAUCUCCGAUGCAUGGGGCUAUCUCUCCCAAUUCCACGGCGGAUCGUCCACCCUGCCCACCCGCCGCUCGCACCGUAGCACGGCCAGCCUGUCUACCCUGGACGUCGCAGCCACCCCCUCGCUCACCCACGCGCCCUCCGUCGCAUCCUCGGUGUCGAGCGCUGCGUCCGAUGAGCACGAGCACGAGCACAUGCACCGCCCGCUCCCGCCGCGACACAACCCUUUCUUCUCGCUGUCCCACGCUGCAGAGAAGGGCAUGGCGCUGGUCGUCCCGCACGUCGCGGCCGUCGCGGUCCAAGAUGUCGAAUGUGACAGCGGUUCCAUUUUCCCCGCUAGCAGCACCCUGUGGGAAGAUGCCGUUGUGACUCAGGGUAGUGCGCCUAUCAUGGUCCGUGGCCGUGGUCGUGCGACCAAGGUGUAGUGGAGGGUGUCUUGCAGCAUUGAGCGUUUGAAAUCGGACAUUUGAAGAUUGCGCUGCGUUUGGCUCGGGCGUGUGUCUCGAUUGAAAAAUUUCGGCAUUUUUUGUGCGAUGCUGUUCUGUUUCUUUGGCUAGACUUUGGCUUGGACUAGAGAGGGGGAUAGUAUAGAUUUUCUCUUAAUUAAAUCAAAUCUUGUGCAGUGCACACUUUCUUUCCAUU